UGAAUUGAAUCUGUCAAAAACACCGAAACAAAACAAAAACAAUCAAUUGCAGACAAAUUAGCAAAUAGUUUAAAAAAAUGUUUUCUUUUUAUUAAUUAUAAAUAAUUUAACUAAAAAUGUGUGUAAUAAUUUGCAUAAAUGAUUAUUGGCAACAUAAAAUCUACUAUCAUAUUGUGCCCUCCAAACAAAAUAUCAACAAUAACAAUUUGAACAGAAUCGACUAUAAUUUAGAAGUUUUGCAAAAAAUCAAAAGGACAACCAAAUGUUCAAGUGUUAAUAAACUGCCGGUAUUGAAACGUUUAAAAUGGGAAAUUGAUGGUAUAAAUUAUUAUUAUUUGCAAAAGGAAUUAUUAAACUUUGUGGAAUAUAGAAAAGUGCUGAGUACUUGGCUGCAGUUAAAAGGAGUGCAAUUAUUAUGGUUACAAAUUGUUAAGCCGGAGAGGGAUAUAAUCGAUUGGAAAUGGAAUCGUAUGCUGGCUGUUAUAUUAUGGGAAAAAAUAGAAAUCGAAUAUCUAAUGUCCUGGUUAUCUACCUUAGGAGGAGCUUUUUCAGCUUUAGGCGAACAAUUCUCCAAAUGCGCUGAAAUGGCUGGCAAAAUAUCACAGAAACAACUUAUGAUUGGUAUUAAACUGGGCGACCCUUUCCUACAAUCUAGAUGUAAACUUUUUUACAGUAUAUCAUUAAUACAAACAGGUCGUUUGAGAUCUGCUAAGUAUAUCAUAAGACAACAGUAUAACUUUGCUCGUAGCCAUGCCGAAGUGGAUGGACGUUUAGUUAAAAUGUGCAAAGGAAUAUGGUUAAAAUUACAAUACGAAUAUGGCUUAAGGCUGAAAUCACGCAAAAAAGAAAAAGAAUUACAAAAUCAAAAAACUAAUGGUGCCGGUGACAAAUAGUUGUCACUUUUUAUCUUUAAACUGCUGUUGAACUCAGGACGAGUGGAAAUGUUUACUAAAAGUGGAAGAAAAAUUUUUAUAUUGUUUAUUUCUUAAUAUUGUUUAAUUUAGCUUUUUUGUGGUUUUGUUGUGUGAGUUUUUCUAAAAACCUUUUAAAGAUUAAAGCUUUUAGUUUAAAUGCUUUUUCUUUUUGAUUUUGAAAGGUAUUUGUUAUAAUGGAAAUGUAAUAGUGUCCAAUUAUUGAAAUAAAACUUGAUAAUUUUGAAUAAAAACGUGUGGAAA